GCGAACCGCAGGGGCGGCCGCGCGCCCCCCUUGGUGCUCGCCGCGCUGCUCGUGCUCGUCGCCGUGCUCGCCUUCAACUGCUGGAGCGGCUCGUCGCGCGCGGCGCUGCUGCAGGAGGAGCUGGCCGAGCUGCAGGGCCAGGCGCAGCGCGGCGAGGCGGCCCGCGGGCGCCUGGAGCGGCGCAACGCGGAGCUGCUGGGCAGGCUGGAGGCGCAGCGCAAGCAGCUCGAGCAGAAGGAGGCCGAGUGCGGGCAGCUGGGCGGGCAGCUGCACGCGCGGGACGGCCAGGCCCGCCGCUGCGAGGAGACCAAGAUUAAGUUGCAGAACAACAUAUCGUAUCAAAUGGCAGAUAUACAUCGCUUAAAGGAACAACUAGCAGAAUUACGACAAGAAUUCAUUCGUCAGGAAGAUCAGCUUCAUGAAUACAAGAAGAACAAUACUUACCUUAUGAAGAGAUUGGAAUAUGAUAGUCUGCAGUGUGGCCAGCAGAUCAAGGAAAUGAGACUGCAACAUGAAGAAAAUAUGAAGAAAUUAAUGGACCAAGUUAUACGGGAACAAAAGGCCACACAGAAAAUUCAGCCCAGUAAAGGCACUGAAGUCAGUCCCAAUGAUGAAGACCCAGCAGUAUCUAAGACUGUUCCAGAGACAGAAGAUAAAAACACAGUAGAGAUAGAAGAGCCUUCGGAUCACGCUGUAGAUGGCAAAGAGAAAAUCAAGUUAGGAGGAGAUGCAGGCAUGCCUGAAAUAGAAGACAAUGGCCCUGCUAAAGCUGAAGAUACACCCACUGCUAUAAAGAAACCGCUUAUUUCAGCUUCUCAAAAUGAAGGUCGUCAGCCUGUUAUGAACCUGCCAACUGAACAGCCCCAGGCUCCAAAUCUGGCUCCAGGUUUGCAUCCUGACAGUGAUGGCAAUGCUGAUACUGUGAAACAGAUACCUCCAAAUUCUCUUCAGCACUUAACUUUUGAAGAAAAUACGGAAAAUCAGAAGGAACACAAAAUUAAAACAGACCAUGUAAAACUUCCAAAGAGCAGAGUCAGCGACUUGCAGAAGAUGAAGCAAAGCCGAUUCUUUGAUGAGAAUGAAUCCCCUGUUGAUCCGCAGCAGGGCUCUAAGCUGGCAGAUUAUAAUGGGGAUGAUGGUAACGUGGGUGAGUAUGAGGCAGACAAGCAGGCUGAGCUGGCUUACAAUGAGGAAGAGGAUGGUGAUGGUGGAGAAGAAGACGUUCAAGACGACGAGGAGCGGGACGUGCAGAACGAGCUGGCCGAGUACGACAAGCCCCGCCUGGACGGCAUCCUCUAGGCCCCCGGUACACGCGUCCAUCGCUGCGCUGCUGCACCCGGGUGGAAGCCUCGGGCUUGCUGGUACACGGAGCCCCUUAGACUCUACCUGACCUGUAAUAAUCUCUACACUUAAAGCCGAUAUUAUAAAUAGCGGCUGGAUCGUUUCUGCAAAUUAGAAAACUUUGUAAACUGGAGAACUUGUACAGUUUGUAUCUCAUGUAACAAACACACUGUGGAAACAAUGUAUAGCCAAAGGACUCCUUUUCUACAGUAAUUCCUGUGUGAGCAAAAAUACUCUUGCUUUCUUCAUGAGUGCUGUGUGUUUGUAGUUUGCAGGUGAGUUACCCAUUGAGAAGGAAAACAGUGUGGAAAAAAUUGCUCCCUCCUUACUGGCACUGAGGAGAGAGACACGACAGGGAAGCAGUCUCCAGAGGCGAGAACUGUUGGAAUUCCGGUAGGCAGUGACCAAAGCGUAGAGCUAGAGCCGGGAUUAGAAACCCAGGAAUUCGGUACAUCCUGAAAAAGGUGGUGAAACCGGAGCUUAUUCUAAAAGGUAAGAUAAAUGACACAGCUUGGGGCAAUCUGUGUGCAUGCAACAAAAGCAUUCCUGCAGUGGAAAYAAAGACGAGUCCGCAGCGCUGCGAGAACCUUGGUGGGAGGGAGCAGCAGCCCUUGCCGUGAGGAAAGGCCRCAGGGUUUUGCAGCUGCUUCGCUGUUCAAGAGCGUCCCGUCCAUCCCGCUCGCUCACGUUAAUUUUCGGUGCUUUGGUACAAWCUCUUCAGCCAUCUGGCACGUUCCAUGUUUUGCUUUUCUAGAGAAGAGUUUGUAAGUUAGAAACUUUUUGUAUUCUGUGUUCAAGCACUUUUUGAAUUUUAUGGAAAUGGUUCUGUUGAUCUGCACUAGUGGAAGUGAAGAUUAUUAACCCAACCUGCUUCUCCCAAAGGGCUACUGUGAAAAUAAUUUCUAGGGCCAGUGACAUGGGUGAUUGUACUUCUUUUCUUCUUUUCCUCUUUUUUUUUUUUUUUCCCUCUCUGUACUCAGGUUCAGGUUUAAAGUAAUGGUUCAGGUUUGCCUGUUACAAUUCAGCAAACCUUUUGAAUAAAUUUCAGAGCUCAAAUGAUUUUUGGCUACAGG